GCCCCCCCCCCCCCCCCCCGCCCCGUUCCCCACUCCCGCCCCGCACACACGCCUGCCUCUGGGAGGGAAAUAGCCAGGUGGAAUCUCACUCUGUUUCCAUGGACAACCCGUCCAUUAUCACCCAGGUGACUAACCCCAAAGAGGAGGAGAUCCUGUCCUGCACUCAGGAUAAAGUGUCCCAAUGUAAUAUCAGCUUGAAGAAGCAGAGGAGUCGAAGUAUCUUUAGCACCUUAUUCUGCUGCUUUCGUGACUACAAUGUCGAACCACCAUCUACCAAUAGCACCAGUGCUCUGCCUCCUUUGGUGGAGGAGAAUGGAGGACUUCAGAAGGGUGACCAGAUGCAGGUCAUGCCUAUACCAAGUGGAAUAUACUAUUUCCACGGGACUGAAGCAGUGCAGCAGUCGUUUCACUACAAGCCACCAGCUAAAUACCUCCUGCCAGAACUGACAGCAUCAGACUAUGGGAAGAAGUGUGUGGUCAUUGAUUUAGAUGAAACUUUAGUGCACAGUUCAUUUAAGCCAAUUAGCAAUGCUGAUUUCAUCGUUCCUGUCGAAAUCGAUGGAACCAUACAUCAGGUUUAUGUUUUGAAACGACCACAUGUGGAUGAGUUUCUUCAGAGGAUGGGAGAGCUCUUUGAAUGUGUACUCUUCACAGCCAGUCUAGCCAAGUAUGCAGACCCAGUGGCCGACUUACUGGAUCGCUGGGGUGUGUUCAGGGCAAGGCUCUUUAGAGAAUCCUGUGUUUUCCACCGAGGAAAUUAUGUGAAGGAUCUGAGUCGACUGGGACGUGAGCUGAGUAAAGUUAUUAUAGUAGAUAAUUCUCCUGCAUCUUACAUCUUCCAUCCUGAAAAUGCAGUGCCUGUGCAGUCCUGGUUUGAUGACAUGACAGACACAGAGCUGCUAGAUCUUAUUCCUUUCUUUGAAGGACUAAGCAAAGAGGAAGAAGUUUACAGUAUGCUUCAUAAACUCUGCAACAGGUAGCCCUUAACUUUGACUGACUUCUGCUACUAGAUUGCAGUUGCUAGAGGCUGUCUCCAUCUUUUUCAGCUCUUUCAAAUGUAAGCUUUGGGGAGGUCACCCCUGUCAGAAGUGCUACUCUUGAUCUUCCUGUUACAUUGGACACGAAGGACAAUCAUGAGUGAUGCUCUUAAGCCUUCAGAAGCCUGACUCCUAAGGUCAUGUGUUCAGACUACUUUUUUAAAGGAAAAAAAAAAAAAAAGAAGCUAUUUUAAGUGGGACUCUUUUAAUUAAUUUCAUAAAUGGACAUCUUUUACUGGAUCAGCUUUUCUUAAAACAUGCCAAAAAAAAAAGAAGCUUGUAUUUCAGCAGUUGAAUUUCUCUCCCUUUCUUCCCCUCCCACUAUGCAGACAAUUUUACCCCCCUGCUUAGAGCAGUUGACCUGACUCUGAAUUUUUUCUUACAGAAUGAAGUGCCUUUUUGAAUGUUAUUUUAAGAUAAAAAAAUUCAUUUUUGUAUAAGACGUAUUUCCAGACAUCUUUUAGUCUUGUAUUGUCUAAAUGCUUUAAAAGGAAAAAGGAAAAAAAUUUUAUAGAGCACUGUAAUAUAUAACAAAGGAAAAAGUUGAAACCAAGAUGCUGGGUUCCUGUCUCCACAGUGACAUUAAGUUGCAUUACACUUUGUCACGCUCGGAAGGUUCGGGCGUUUCGUGGGAGGGGUGAAUUGGGUUCAUUACACGGUUGUUUCACCGACGAUGAUUUUGGGCACAGUUUGGAACAUAUCUGCAGUUGUUUUGAGUGUGUCAGGGAAUGAUGGAAUUGAGAAAACAAGGUGGCUGAGAGACCUAAAGCACCUUCUCUUGUAGACAGAUGAAAUUCUGUUGUCUCUGCUUACGCACAACUGCCAUGCCUCUCGAUUUUCAGAAAACCAUUAUCUUGGGAGAACGGGGAGGAGGAGAUCUAUUUAUUAGUUUAAGAUUCUUUUCUUAAAACAGCCCGUCUGGGUAAGCUGGAUCUGUGUUGAGCUGUUUGGAGUACUUUUUUCUUUUUAUUGCUGCUACUGUAUACUCACCAAAUGGAGUUGACCAUCGGCUGUUAUACUGUUUUUGCCACUGUGCCUGUGCUAUGAAACAUUUUCUGUAAGCUGCAAACUUGGGCAAUAAAUAAAAUGCAGGCUUCAUAACCCACCCCCAUGGAUUAAUCCAAUGGUAUCUGAAAUACCAGAGAACUCAGUUAAAGGUGACCUGUAAAGGGUAUUUUUUUUUAAUUUUUUUUUUUUUUUCAAUUGGGGUGAAGCCCUCUCCUUUCGUUGGUGUAUAAAAAUGCAAAAAAGCAUUUUGCUCGCAUCUCUGAUUUGUAUUUCUUUUUCCCUCAAGCUGUAAGGUACAGAUUGGGAGCUGUAUCAAGCUUUGCUAAAAGGGCACAAGUUACUAGCCUAGACUAAAAUGGCUCCUCUGGCUUUGGAGUUGAGUUAGACUCAUCUCUGAGUCUGAGAACCUGCUUAGCAUCUUCUGCAGUGUCAGAGGUGCUUUUUCAGUUGAAUAACUUUUAAACAUUUUAAGCCUUUGAAGAAAAGGCACACACCUUUUCUUUCUUACUUUUUCUCCCCCUUUCCAGUGUCACCUUUUAAUUAUCCUCCACCCCAGAAAUCUGCAAACACAAAAAAGUGCAGCUGUGUUUGGCUGUCACCAGAGAAGACUAAAUGGACUAUUCGGUGCUUCUAAUUAGCCUCGUGCUAAAUUCUGAAUUGCAGAUCCCCUUUGCCUUUUCUGUUUCUCUCGCAAAGUCUUGAAGACUUGAGGGGGGGGAAAAAAAAAAAAAGGACAAAAACCAACUUUUUUGCGAUGGACUUGGCUUGUGAUCCUCGUCUAAAAUCAUUGGUGAAGCAGCUUAACAACGUUCAUAGAAGGGCAGGCAGUGAGUAGGUUGUAGGUACAGUAUAAAAGUGAGCAGCUGUGCUCCAGCUGUGGCUGCACCCAGGGGUGUUGGAGGCAGUCCCGUCACACUCUGUGUGAGUCUGUAAUGGCAUCACCGUUUUGUUUCUUACCAGCUGGCAUUACCUUAGUACUGUACAAUUCUGUGCCACAACAAAAGACAAAACCGUCAAACCUAAAAUUUAAAAAAAAAAAAAAAAAAAAAAUGCCUACUUUGUUUAAAAAAAAAAAAAAAACGGAGGGGAAAAAAAUAAAAGAGAGACGUAUGGAUUCUGGUUAGUCCAUUAACGUUCCCUUUCGGUUUGAGAUUGUUUAAUUUUGUAUUUGACUUCAGAGUAACGAAAACCGUAAGCUGCCAAAAAAAGAAAAAAAAAGAAAGAAAAGUUGUUCUCUGAGCAGUAUUUUUUCAACUGCGUUUUGCGGCUUCUGGGCUUCAAAUGCAGUUUGCAGGGAAGUAUUCAGGUUGUAGUUAGUCGUGCAGGUAUGAGAGGAAUGGCUGAAAAAAAAAAAAAAAAACACAAAACAAGAAAACUCAAAGACUUUUCUCGCAAAGCGUUAGACCAAACAGACAAUAAAUAACCCACCGUGGUGACCUGUUGUACGUGAGACAAACCAUGUCAUCCGUUGGCAUCUCUGAAAGCAGCGAUUUCAUGAACCAGUUGCCUUAAGUCUGUGAAUGAAUGUUGACUAUUAUUAAAAGUGUCUUGUAUUGUUCUAAAAUCCACAUAGAACGGGCAACUGAACUUCUGCACCAGCUUCUGCAGGAAGGGUUCUGAUGAUGUUCUGUACAAACCGUACUUAACACUGUAUUAUUUUGGCUCUUAAAAUCCACAAAUUUAAAAAAAAAAAAAUAAAAAAAAUCCCAACUUAUUUUAAUAAGUUAGUUUUAGUAAAGCAUCAAAAUAACAUUUUGUGACAAAGGCAAAAAACUUAGCCACAGCUUUGAUCCCUUAAUAUUAAGAGUAUUUUCUGUAAGUUUUGAGUAAUUUAGUAAUUUUUUUAUUUUUUAACCCACUUGGAGUGCUCUGCAAUCAGGUUUGGACUCCCCUGUGUAUUCAGAUUUGACCAGAGGGAUCAAACUGUCCUAGCUGGUUAUUUUGACACUUACCAUCGUACUUGAAAUUUCAAGUGUUGAGUUUGCGUGGAUAUACAUACGCUCUAUAUUUAGUUUCUAGAUUGUAACAAAGCAAUAUAGUUCUGUCCAUACAGUCAGAUAAUGGAAUGUCUGUAAAAUUCGCAAUACGGGUAUUUGAUUGUAUUUUAAAUACAAGAGUUUAAAAACUAAAAUAGGAAAAAAAAAAAAAAUACUUGUUUCCUAAAUCUCUUGCAUAUUUUGAAGUGCAGUUAGUGCAUGCAGGUCACCAGGGCUGUUAUAAACCCUGGGUUUCAAUUUUAUUAUUUCUGGAUAUUAUAGGAGUUAUUAAAAAGUCUUUUCCAGUUGGUCGUCCCGUUCAGCUAAAGAGAUGCUGCCUGGCCUGAAGUUCUGUUGUCCUUUUUAUGUCGGGUUAAAAACGGUUUUUUGCCUGUACAGGUAUUUUUGAAUUAAGCUGUAAGGCAGAAUUGCCUUAGAUUCUUUAAAUUCAGCUGAGGUGUCAACGAUUAAAUUGCCAUUUGUAAACUAGGGCUGUGCGCAGAGUCCUUGUUAACAACCGCCAGGAAGCGUGGCAGGCUUGGAAUGGGAGAUGGUAGCAAAAUGUACAAUAUUGCUGUGUUCAUUUUAGGUAGCUUUGGAAGAGUAAUUUGUCUCUUUGUUUUGCCCUUUUGAUCUUUAUUUAACAGCGAAGUUCUACAUGGAGGAAGCUCAACACCUGGAGACAUUUGGUUGUCAGUGUACGCAAAUCACUUUCUUACAGCAUGAUUUUGAUUAGACUGGUUGGGGACAAUAAAGUAUCUAAAUGACA